AGUUGGUUAAUGAAAGAAUAUCUGUAUUUAAUAUCCAAGGAUAAUUAUCGAAAGAUAAUGCUACAAAUAGUAAUUAUAUUACUGUGCCUUACAAUUCCAAUUGAACUAAGACCUCGAUUAUUAUUAUAUCCAAGAUAUUUGUUAUUAAUUUAUCAUGAAUAUUUAUAUUAAAGAAAAAAAGCGAGGGGCAAAUGUAGUUAAUAGGAGAAUAUAUAUAAAAAAACUUUCUGGAAUUAAGUAUCCCGUAACAAUAGAUAGUAUCUGCUCUUAUCCUCCGGUCUAUCAAGUAAUACAUAACAGCGGUUAAUCUGAUAAGAUGUAAUGAAUUAUACGAAAUCUAAUUUUCUUGUCAUAUCGUGGAAAUUCUAGUUUGGGGUGGAAAGUCUUUAUCUUUAUUUCCUAUAUCUUCCAUCACAGAGUUCAUUGACAUAAAAGGCAGGUGUUAGGUGACUUCAAUGAAGGUUUCUAAUGAGGUGUUUCCUUGGGUGACUGGUUAUUUGAAAGGCGUCCACCUGCUCUACAGGUAAAAUAUACAAACCAAGGACCUACAAUAUCUGUAGGCUCGUCCUUGUUCUGUUUAAAGUAGAAAGUAUGCCAGCAUGUCUUCCAAACGCUGGUAGUAUUUUUUAAUUAAAAUGUCUUUUGUUAUUGUCUUCUCUUAACAAAGGUCGUUAUAUUUUAAUAAAUAGAAUAUAUCCCCCUUAACAAUGCGUAGUAAACCAUUGCCGAUCUCGUGUUAAAUAGAAAGUACGUUGUAUGUAGACGUGUUUAAAAAAAAAAUUUUCGGCGGUUAUGAUUUAUAAUUAGCCCGGUUAAUUCACUCUUCAGGUACGUAGGUGGUUUUUGAAAGCGUGUUUGAAGGUCGGUAGCAUUGUUAGUGUGUUGGACAAGCUGCCGAGCCAGUUGACAGCUGACGGUUGUCGGAGUGGGACCACAUGAAGUUGUGUCAGACGUACGUAUGCUGUUAUUUUCAAGUAUCUCCCGUCUCUCCCAAUUACGAAACGUGUCCAUACUCGAGUGGAGAUGGCACUGAAAGUUUUUGGUAUUGGAAAAGUCCGGGAUCACGGUAUUAUGACGCAAUCAGGACUACAGAUAACAUUGUCACAGAAGCAUGGGAUAAACUGUUAUCAAAUACACUAAACAGUAAUAUGUAUCAUGGUUGUCCAGUUCCAGAAAAAAUGGAGAAAUCCAUGCUGAAAGUGUUUUUAAGCAAUGGAAACUCAAAAAUUGUAAAAUUUGGGGAUGCCACAGAUGUCAAAGGAAUCAUUCGUUUGGUCACCAGCCGAUUAUCGGAUCGACCUCGGCCGUUGGAGUCCAUGUAUGCAAUGAGACUGAACCAUUUAACAACAAAUGAAGUCUGUUGGUUACCAGAUAAUACCAGUAUGUUUCAAGUUCUAGAAAGUUAUUCUCGACAACAUAUAUCCGAAGAUUGGAGAUACGAACUGAGAAUUCGAUAUAUUCCGAGUGUUUUGAGAGAUGUUUACGAAAAAGAUCGAAUCACAUUUUUUUAUUUUUAUGAUCAGAUAAAAAAUGAGUAUUUAAAACUAGAGUCUGAUAUUGAUCAAGAACUUGCCAUUCAGUUAUGUUGUAUAGAAAUAAGGCGAUACUUCAAAGACAUGACACAUUUUGCAUUGGAUAAAAAAUCCAAUUUCGAGUAUCUGGAGAAAGAUAUAGGACUACAUAAAUUUCUUCCUUCAUCUGUGAUAAUGAAUAACAAGCCAAAGACAUUAAGGAAACUGAUUCAGAGUCAUUUUAAGAAAUAUUCCUUACUGAGUGAAGUCGAAUGCAUGUUUAAAUUCUUCGAAUUGGUGUAUCAGGUGCUGAAGUACGACAGAGAAAGUUUCGAAUGUUCUUUAGGGAUUGGUUGGAGUGUUCCAAUUGAACUUGUUAUAGGACCCAGCAUUGGAGUUAGUUAUAUCGGAGACAGAACAGGAAAGUUAAUUCACGUUGCCAAUUUUUCGAACAUACAAAGUAUUCAGACGUCAAAGUCGGAUGCCGAAUCCAAUUAUAAAGGUGUCGUGCAGUUAAAAAUUGCUGGCGCUUGUGAGGUUUUGAAUAUCUCUUGCUCAUCCCUCUUAAUUGCAGAAAAUAUAGCCGCAUUAAUUGACGGUUAUUGCUGCAUUAUGGAUACAAACAGAGUGUCGAUCUGGACCAGAAAUGUGUUCGUAUGGAAUUCUCAUGUAAACAAAAUUAUGUCUUCAGAUAGUCCAACUACAAAAUACAGCAGUAUACCCAAGAAGUAUUUAAGUUCAGGUUCGUCUAGUGAUAAAGAUACUAACUUUUCAGAAGACUAUGCAGAAAUUGUGGAUGAAGAUUAUUCUACCCCCAGUGCUAAAGAAUACGAACUGAAAAGGGCACACAUCUAUCUAUCAGAAAUAAUAGGAGAAGGACAAUUUGGCGAUGUUCAUAAGGGAACUUACAGGUGUAAAAAAGUUUAUAAUUCUGUUAAUAGAUACGAACUGAGAAUUCGAUAUAUUCCGAGUGUUUUGAGAGAUGUUUACGAAAAAGAUCGAAUCACAUUUUUUUAUUUUUAUGAUCAGAUAAAAAAUGAGUAUUUAAAACUAGAGUCUGAUAUUGAUCAAGAACUUGCCAUUCAGUUAUGUUGUAUAGAAAUAAGGCGAUACUUCAAAGACAUGACACAUUUUGCAUUGGAUAAAAAAUCCAAUUUCGAGUAUCUGGAGAAAGAUAUAGGACUACAUAAAUUUCUUCCUUCAUCUGUGAUAAUGAAUAACAAGCCAAAGACAUUAAGGAAACUGAUUCAGAGUCAUUUUAAGAAAUAUUCCUUACUGAGUGAAGUCGAAUGCAUGUUUAAAUUCUUCGAAUUGGUGUAUCAGGUGCUGAAGUACGACAGAGAAAGUUUCGAAUGUUCUUUAGGGAUUGGUUGGAGUGUUCCAAUUGAACUUGUUAUAGGACCCAGCAUUGGAGUUAGUUAUAUCGGAGACAGAACAGGAAAGUUAAUUCACGUUGCCAAUUUUUCGAACAUACAAAGUAUUCAGACGUCAAAGUCGGAUGCCGAAUCCAAUUAUAAAGGUGUCGUGCAGUUAAAAAUUGCUGGCGCUUGUGAGGUUUUGAAUAUCUCUUGCUCAUCCCUCUUAAUUGCAGAAAAUAUAGCCGCAUUAAUUGACGGUUAUUGCUGCAUUAUGGAUACAAACAGAGUGUCGAUCUGGACCAGAAAUGUGUUCGUAUGGAAUUCUCAUGUAAACAAAAUUAUGUCUUCAGAUAGUCCAACUACAAAAUACAGCAGUAUACCCAAGAAGUAUUUAAGUUCAGGUUCGUCUAGUGAUAAAGAUACUAACUUUUCAGAAGACUAUGCAGAAAUUGUGGAUGAAGAUUAUUCUACCCCCAGUGCUAAAGAAUACGAACUGAAAAGGGCACACAUCUAUCUAUCAGAAAUAAUAGGAGAAGGACAAUUUGGCGAUGUUCAUAAGGGAACUUACAGGUGUAAAGAUGACCAAAUUAUGGAAGUAGCAAUUAAAACUUGUAAGAUAGAAAGUGAAGAAUCUAUGGGAGAAAAGUUUUUAGAGGAAGCAUAUAUAAUGCAACAGUUUGAUCAUCCGCACAUAAUUAAAUUGAUUGGUAUAUGUUCUGACUCUCCGAUAUGGAUAGUAAUGGAACUUGCAAGGCAUGGAGAAAUGAGGGCAUAUUUGCAAAAUAACAGACAUCGAUUAGAUCUUUCGAUGCUGAUACUUUAUGCGUAUCAGUUGAGUACGGCACUGUCGUAUCUCGAAAGCAGAAAAUUUGUUCAUAGAGAUAUAGCAGCAAGAAAUGUAUUAGUAUCCUCCCACGACUGUGUAAAGUUAGGAGAUUUUGGUCUAUCGAGAUGGGUGGAAGAUCACCAAUACUACAAGGCGUCGAAAGGAAAAUUACCCAUAAAAUGGAUGGCUCCCGAAUCCAUAAAUUUUCGUCGUUUCACUACGGCGAGUGACGUGUGGAUGUUUGGUGUGUGCAUGUGGGAGAUAUUGAUGUUAGGAGUCAAACCAUUUCAAGGUGUAAAAAAUAAUGAUGUGAUCGGUCGCAUAGAACACGGAGAAAGAUUACCUCUUCCAGAAAGUUGUCCGCCACAACUCUACAGCCUGAUGUCGUUAUGUUGGUCCUAUGAACCUUCCAAACGUCCUUCUUUUAAAGACAUAAAACACGUUUUAAAAGAGAUUCUUCAGGAAGAAAGAAAACAACAAGAGGAAAUAAUGAGAAGAGAAAAUAGAAGGGUUCAAGCUAUGUCAUGGGGUUCUUCAUAUUCUGAUGAUCCACCUCCAAAGCCUUCUCGACGUCCACCCAACCGUAGAAGUGUAUCUACUCCUCCGUCUUCGCCUUUUGGAAGCAUCGGUUUUGGAAUCAAUCGAUUAACUAGUAGUUGGGAAGAUGUAGAGGGAGAUAUUCAGACUAAUAAUUUUGUUUCAAAUUAUUCUGUUCCUGACAUUAAGAACAAAGGAUUACUUGAUCAAACCUGCGAACAGAAAAUGAACAGUGAGAAUAUACAAUUUUUAGAGAAAAAGUAUUUGGCAAUGAAACUUCAGCAUCAACAAAAACAAGCAGACGAAGAUUCUCAUUGGUUAGCCGAAGAAGAAUUAAGAUGCGGUGCUCUUAUCCAGCCAAAGAAACGAUUGUCAUUAAGUGAUUGUUCGAGGAGUUCGGACACGGACAGUCUAGAAGCAGAUAGUAAUUUGGGUUCUCUAAACAGAAUUCCGCAUCGAGAAGUAAAUAAUGCUCUAUAUACUAGAGUGAAUAGUGGAAAUGGAACAAAUACUACUAAUGUAGAGGUAACGUCGGCCCCUACUGCUAAUCUUGAUAGAACGGGUGAUUCUGUAUAUGAUUGUACAACAAAAGUUGUGAGAUCAGUUAUGGAUUUGUUGCAAGGAGUAGAGCAAUCCAAAUCAUCUGAUUAUCUGCUUUUAGUUAAGAAUGUCGGCACUGAAUUAAGAAAUCUUCUUGCAAGUGUUGAUGAGCUCUUUCCUACACUUCCUAUAUGGUCUAAUAAAGAGAUUGAGAUGGCUCACAAAGUUCUAAGUAAAGACAUGGCAUCUCUAAUAGAAGCAUUGAGACUCGUCCAAAAGUAUUCUUGCACCACCCUAGAUCAAGAAUAUCGCAAAGGAAUGUUAGAAGCGGCUCACAUAUUGGCCAUGGAUGCCAAAAAUUUAUUGGACGUGGUCGAUUCUGUACGAAUACGGGUAAAACACGUCGCGCCCAACGAAAGUUUAGACAAGUUCCCGGAGGAGAGGAAAGCAUUUGACAGUAGUGCCUUUAAUUCCUGUAGCUCUUCUUGUAUAGUGUCUAACAAAGUGGAAACAAUUGCCGAUUUUUCUGAUCAUGCAAAACUUCAAUCAAAAUUACCCCAGACUCAGGUCGACGAAGCAAAUGAUAGUGGGUAUGACGUUACAUAAAAAAAAAAAGGAUUUCGUAUUGAUAAUUUGUCAUCAGAAAUGAGAAUUUAGUCAAGUUUGAAAGCAAUAACUUUCUCAGGAUCUCGACAAAUUGCACUUCCUGUUUAAUUACUAUAUUGCGGAACGUAGGAGAUACAGUAUAUUUUAUUAUCAAAUCAAAUCUGUGAUAUUCAGAAAGGUUUAAUUAGAAUUUAUGUAUAGGUGUAUAUUUUCACAGUGCUACAUUACAGAAAUGAGUAGCAUUCAGUCACAUACAGUUUAGAUAUUUCUUACUUCGAAUGUCUAUUUUUAUUGUCAUUAUUUGGGAAAACAAGUGGUAUUUCUACAAUAAAUAUUUAAAUAUACCACCGAAAUUGCACGUGAUAUGCGUAUAUAAUGUGGACAUUUUAAGAUAUAUAUAUAUUAAGUGUAAAUGACGAGAAGAAAUAAUAUUUCACAAUAGUUUUGUGAAUUAAUAUUUUGUCUAUUUAUAUGAAAUUUGGCCUAGAAUCUGAUCAAGAAAAUGUAAAGCAGCUUAUUUUUAAUCAUUUCUGUCAAUGGUCAAGGUGGUUAAAGCGUCAGUCUAUUACUACUACUAGGAUCAGAUUAAAUCUAGGAAUUUUUAUUGGUGGUUCAUCAAGCCUUAUCCUUCACCAUGCAUCUUCCCUAUUGUGGGCCUGGUUAAACCAGUGAUGGAUAUGAUUGAAAAGACCUUUUUAGUGCUUACAGUAGAGGGGAAAAAUUCUUUUUACUCCGUCUUUUCUAUUAUGCCUGCCUCUUAUCAGCUGGGGCCGUAUUCUGGUCUCCGUCUCUGGUCUCUCGUCUCUCACAAGCCGGUCACUGAUUGGCUAAUCCAAAUGAUUAGCCAAUCAGUGACCGGCUUGUGAGAGACGAGAGACCAGAGGCGGUGACCAGAAUAUGGCCCCUGGUUUACUUUUAAGUCUUCAUGAUAUCUUUUAACUGUCUUGGCAGCUCUCCACAUUUUCAGGGAUGUUUUGUGCUUAAGUUAGACAUGCUUAGUUGUAAUGAUUAAUCAUCUGUUGUAUUCUUCAACAUUAAACUAAUUACAUAAGAAUCAGGUGAUUUUGAGCAAUCUUAUUAUUCAGAUCAUACCCAAGUUUGAUUCAUGGCAUAGACAGACUAUAGACUAUACUAAGCCACAAAUCUAAUGUGAAUUAUCAUUACUAAUCGUUUUCCAGUUUCUGUGUGUUAUUUUUGUCUGUUUUAUUGUACAUGAAAUUAAAAUUCGAGUGGUUAAAUUUAUAGUUUAUACAGAAAUAUAUUACGGACGGUAAUCAAACAGGAUUUUUCCUAACGACUUGUAUAUUAAGGCAGCAAACUGUAAAUGAAUAUACAGAGAUAUUUUAUGGAUGUUCAUAGAUGUUUAUAUUUGUUAAUCAUCCAAUGCAGUACCUGAUUCACAAAAUGGUGUUUUAGAUGAUUUUUCGUAAAAUGCAAUUUUUGGUGAUAUUUUGUACGAAUACUUUACAAAAUAAUUUUUUUAAAACAGAAUAGUCUUUAUAGAAUGUACAUUCACACUUCAUAUUGUUUGAAAUGGAAAUUUUACUAUGUCUAAAUAA